AAAUGCCUGCAAAGCACCCUUAAUGCAUACCACAUUUACAUAUGUAUAUUGGUUAGAUUAAUGUCUUUUCUAACCAAGCACCUCACUUACAAACUAACCUCACGCCAGAGCAGACAAUCAAAUCAAAAAGUUCUUUAAAUUGAAGUAAGAACUCGUGUGCAAAAUCAAGUUGACAAAAUUGUGACACAUUACCAUCAGCAAGAGAAUUAUGAACCCUGAAGAAGUGCGUGAUCCUGAAGGAAUGCAGUCUUGUGAUGAAACUAACCCAGCCGAUCUGUCAGCCUUGCUAGAAUCCCUGAACUUCCAGGACGACAGGGGUAGUGGCGCCGCGAACACCGUUAACAAUGGGAUUCCUCUGAUGCAAACUGGGGUCAACGCUCAAGGUCCGAACCAGGUCGUUCAAGGACAGCCUGACAACAAUGUUUUGCUCGUCAGUAAUCAACUAAAGGCUCCCCCACCGUCGAAUGUAGAUCCCGAAAAGCGAAAACUCAUCCAACAACAGCUUAUCCUGCUACUGCAUGCGCACAAGUGUCAGAGACGGGAAAGUCAUGCUCCAGAGUGUACCCUUCCCCAUUGUCGGACCAUGAAGAACGUGCUAACGCACUUGGUUACCUGCCAUGCUGGAAAAUCCUGCACGGUCGCUCACUGUUGGUCCUCUCGUCAAAUCAUAUCGCAUUGGAAGCAUUGUACGCGAUCGGACUGCCCUGUCUGCCUUCCGCUCAAACAAGCUGACCGCCAUAGAGUCAAUCCAACUAAUAAUGCGACGAUGUGAAGUCAAAAUCGGUCUGUUAUACUCCACACAAUUGCAUUAUCAGCCUAAGUAAUUAAGUAUAAGGAGCAGGACAACCUUAAAAUAUGAUAAACUAGCGUAUAAGCCCGUCUCCCACGGGCGAGAGUUUAUCCGAUUUUCAAAGUUGAUUCACGCCUAAGAUUAUCUGUUAUUACACUUUUAUUGUGAUUACUGCCCUAAUAAAUGGAUUUAAUUAUGAUAUAGUAAUUA